CGGCGGAGGGUCGCCCGGGCAGGCCGCCUGCCUGCGGCAGAUCCUGCUGCUCCAGCUGGACCUGAUCGAGCAGCAGCAGCAGCAGCUGCAGGCCAAGGAGCGGCAGAUCGAGGAGCUCCGGGCCGAGCGCGACACGCUCCUGGCACGGAUCGAGCGCAUGGAAAGGCGGGUGCAGCUGGUGAAGAAGGACAGUGAGCGGGAGAAGCACCGCAUCUUCCAGGGCUUUGAGGUGGAUGAGAAGCCAGAGGCAGAGGCAUGUGAGAAGCUGCCUCUAGAGUGUCCCCAGGACCUGCUGGAGCCCCCCCCGACCCUGCAGCCCAAGCACUUCCCCUAUGGCAGGAACGGGAAGGGGCAUAAAAGGAAGCCGGCAUUCGGGAGCACGGAGAGGAAGACGCCCGUUAAAAAACUGGUGUCCGAGUUCUCCAAAGUGAAGAGUAAAACUCCAAAGCACUCCCCGGGGAAGGAGGAGUCAGGCGGCUCCUUGGCUGAAACUGUUUGUAAACGAGAACUGCGGAGCCAAGAGACUCCGGAAAAACCCCGGUCACUCCUGGAGACCCCGCUCCGAGCCUCGGCCCCGCCGAAGGGCCCCGGCACCCACCCCAAGGAGAAGGGCUUGGGCAGCGAGGCCGACGACCUGCCCUAUCUCUCCACCACCGAAAUGUACUUGUGCCGCUGGCACCAGCCGCCCCCGUCGCCGCUGCCGCUGCGGGAGCCUUCCCCAAAAAAGGAGGAGACUGUAGCAAUUCCGUCAUGGAGGGACCAUGUCGUGGAGCCCCUGAGAGACCCCAACCCCUCGGACCUCCUGGAGAACCUGGACGACAGCGUCUUUUCCAAACGGCACGCGAAGCUGGAGCUGGAUGAGAAACGAAGGAAAAGGUGGGACAUCCAGCGGAUCAGGGAACAGAGAAUCCUGCAGCGGCUGCAGCUCCGAAUGUACAAAAGGAAAGGGAUUCAGGAGUCGGAACCUGAAGUUACCUCAUUUUUCCCUGAGCCAGAUGACGUGGAAAGUUUGCUCAUCACCCCAUACCUGCCCGUCGUCGCCUUUGGCCGGCCCCUACCCAAACUGACCCCACAGAACUUCGAGCUGCCGUGGCUGGAUGAGCGCAGCCGCUGCCGGCUGGAGGUGCAGAAGAAGCAGACGCCUCACCGGACCUGUCGGAAAUAACGGAGAUGCCGGGAGCUCUGAACACCUCCGGGAGCUCCGUGUGUCCCCAGAGGCUCCGCCGUCACCGGCUCACCGCCCGCUCCGUGCCGACGGAUGGUUUCGUUCCUCCGCGAUCCCAGUUUUGUUCUCUUGGGUUUUGGAACGUUCCCCGGACUCGCCCCCCCCCGCGCUGGCACCGGCCGAGGCUCCCCAGCGGCUGCUCCGCUCCCGUGGCCUUGGGAUUUGGGAUAUCGCCGUGGGGAUCACCAGGGCCCAGUCCUGGUGUCCGGGGGUGCCGCGUCCCCCCAGGACUCACCCGCCGCUGCCUUUGUGUUGCGUUUAGUUAGAAAACGGGAUAAACAGCGGGUUUUGUCGGAGCCAGACGGGAACCGGGAAGUUGGAAGCACCUGGGAGCCACUUUUGGGGUGUUUUCCCCCGUCUUUGGGGAGUUUCCCCCCCCCUCUGGAGCGCGUUGGCGGGGGCAGAGGGGGGGAGAGUUAAAAAGCAGAAUUUUUUUUUUUUUUUUUUU